AUCGCGCCGGUAACAUCGCGUCUUUUUGUCACGUUCAAAAUUUGCAUCCAGUUACCAAGGGAAAAAAAAAUCCCUUCUCAUUUUCAACCAUUAUAAUUUUUUUUUUUUUACAUAAAAUGCAAAUUUAAUUAUUAACAAUUUUCAUAGAUAAAUUAAAUAUUAAUUAAAACAAUUACAAUUUUUUUUUUGCUACAUUUUACUUCAAAAAUAAAUUACAUUUUUAAUAAAAUGAAUUAAAUAAUUUGUCAAAAAAUAUAUCAAAUUUUGACAAUGUAAAUAAAAUUUAUAGUGAACAAAAAGGACAUUUGGUUUAAAUAAAUUAAAAAAAAAUAAUUUAAAUCAAUGUAAAUGUAAAAGUAAUCUAUAAUAUCAUGAAUUUAUUUUGGGAAUAAAUAUAUUGGUUAAAAUUUUGUUAAUUACAAUUAAUGAGAUUGAUUAGUGUGAUUCAAAGUGAGAUAUAUAUAUAUAUACAUAGAGAGACUUGUUUGCGCGUCGACGAGAAACUGGAACUAAAGUUUCAAAAAGUUUAGAAACAACUUUUCGUUUUCUGAUUGUCAACGUUAAAAGGGUGUUGCAUAAGUAAUAAGAGUAGGGAAGAAUAAUUUAUUGGGAGAUGUAGGAGAGACAAUUUUCCAAGAAGACAAAUAAAGUUUUAUAAUCCAUUUGAAGUCAUCCAAUGGAACGCUGGAGUUAAUAGAGUUUCAAUAUACAUAUAUAUAUAUAUAUAUAUAUAUAUAUAAAUGACUAAAUAAUAAAGCACGGAGAUAAUUAACCCAACGAUCAGAAUAAUCACUCCAGGAAUUUCUUGGCGAUUUCUACACGGGUUUAUAAGAUUUACGAAUUAGUUGCUUAGGAAAGCGGUAGAUUAACAGAAAUGUGAUUUAUCGCCUCGUUGAGGAUCAAAACAUCUUGCACGAAUGGAUAGAAAUCAUCGUGCAGUGACGGAGGACAAGCAUAAUGGUAAACGAGAGCGUGGGCUACACGGAUGAGCAACGAUGGAAUCAAUCGGCUGGAGAGGAGUUACUAAACCUAGAAACCGAGUUCCUACCAUCCUGGUCUGAUCUCGUGCUUGCAGCUUUGUUCUCGAUCCUCAUUGUCGUCACCAUUGUCGGAAACACGCUCGUAAUCGCUGCAGUAAUUACGACCAGGCGACUGCGGUCCGUCACUAAUUGUUUCGUGUCCAGUCUGGCAGCUGCGGAUUUAUUGGUUGGUUUGGCAGUAAUGCCACCGGCCGUACUAUUGCAAUUAAAUGGUGGAUCCUGGGAAUUAGGGGAGAUUCUCUGCAUAGCUUGGGUCUCCCUGGAUGUUCUACUAUGUACUGCCAGUAUCCUGUCCUUGUGUGCCAUAUCUAUAGAUAGAUAUUUAGCUGUAACGCAACCUUUAAUCUACAGUAGACGACGAAGAAGUAAAAGACUGGCAGCAUCGAUGAUCAUUGUUGUUUGGUUUCUGGCAGGAGCUAUAACGAGUCCACCAUUAUUAGGUUGUUUUCCAGAGGCUACAAAUCGUGAUAGCACAAAAUGUUCAUAUAACAUGGAACCAUAUUACGUUGUAUUUUCAGCAAUGGGCUCCUUUUUUCUACCUAUGCUUGUCAUGCUUUACGUUUAUGCUCGGAUUUCAUGUGUUAUCGCUGGAAGACAUAGAAAUUUGGAAGCAACUGAGAGUGAAAAUUUCCGCCCUCGACGACCACUUUUGAGUGAAAGAACGAAAAGUAUAAUAAAGAAGAAGAAAACGGAUGGAAAUACAACUUCAGAAGGUACAAGUGACUCUUGCGAUAAAGCGCCCAGUCAAACUGAGAUAUCAACUACUUGCCGGAAGUUUGGUACUAUUCGUACCCAUCAUCAUAGCUGUAUCAACAGGGUGGCUAGGGAGACGAAGACCGCUGGUACUUUAGCGGUAGUUGUUGGAGGAUUUGUUGCAUGUUGGUUGCCAUUCUUCAUUCUUUAUCUAAUCACUCCUUUUCUACCUAUGGAGCCGCCGGACCUUCUCAUGCAGGCUCUCACGUGGUUAGGUUGGAUUAAUUCAGCAAUUAAUCCAUUCAUUUAUGCAUUCUAUUCGGCUGACUUUAGACUGGCAUUUUGGCGACUUACCUGCGGGAAUUGUUGUCGUAGACGAACUCCAUUAAAUCAAGUCGAUCGCAGUAUUCCUCCACCAGCUAGUUGGCGGAAGGAAACAUCAAAAACUUGAGUUCUGGAAACGAAAGUGUGAUUUAAAAUUUGAAAAGUGAAAAAAAAGUUUUGAUUCAUCGCUGAAUAACAUGCUAUUUCAACUGUGAUUCCUCAAGUGGUACCGCAGCUUCAAAUAUGUAUAUAUAUAUAGUUAAUUGAAAGUGGUCUCAAUAUAUAAAACUGUUUUAUAAUGAUCACUAUAUCACGAUUAAAAAAAAAUUGACGAUUACAAUAUUUAAAAUCAAUUAAAACAAUUUAAGAAAGCUUUAAGAAAAUAAUAUCAAUGAAAAAAAAAAAAUUGGAGGGGAAGUUACUUUCUAGUAAAACUUCUUAACACGUUUUCUAAGACAUUUUUUACAUUCCAAUGCCUCAUAAUGAGAUAUUGUAAAUUAGAAUAAACUUCAUACUAAAAUAGUGCAAAUGUUCAUCUACCUAUUAUAAUAAACAUUAUUUCAAUUUUGAGAACGUGAAUUAAAAAAAAAAAAAUUGUUACUAAUUUCCGCUUUUUAUAUAAAAUAAUAAAUUUAUCAGAAAAUAAUUCUAUGUGAUCAUUAAAAAAUGAAUUGCACAUGUGAUAAAAAAAAAUUGUUAAAAUAAUAAGCAAAUAUUUGUAAAAUAAAAAUUGUCGGAGAAUUUCCAAUUACCAAUUAACUAAUGUAGACUAUAUCAAUAAAGAAAAAUGAAGGGUGGGAUGUUUUCUUUUCAUCAAAAUAUUCAAAACAAUGUUUUCUGAAUGAGAGUUAGUGCAAAAGUAUGUAAUUCACAAAGGCAGAUGAAAGAUUAUAUAGUAAAGUAAAUGUGUAGUCUAAGUCUCGACUAUCAAUAAUGAAGAGUAUGUCUUUAAGGAAAAAAAU